ACUGUCUGUCAUCAUCUCUGGGGAAAUCAGCCAGAACCACCGGAACGUAACCAAAACCAGACGACAGAGGCAGGAGCCGAGGCCGUACCUGCAGCGUCCGGACACCAGAGCCACCUUGGAACCGGAACGCGUCUCCGGCGGCCACGGGGCUGCGGCUCCGCCAAACUUUGGGGCGGGCGGGGCGGGCUGGGGCGCCGAGGGGGCUUCGUAGACCGAGGGCCGCCCCCUAACCAUGAUGUUUCGCGACCAGGUCGGGGUGCUGGCGGGCUGGUUUAAGGGCUGGAACGAGUGCGAGCAGACUGUUGCGCUGCUGUCGCUGCUUAAGCGCGUGAGCCAGACCCAGGCCCGCUUCCUUCAGCUCUGCCUGGAGCACUCGCUGGCCGACUGCGCCGAACUGCACGUCCUCGAAGGGGAGGCCAACAGCCCCGGAAUCAUUAACCAAUGGCAACAGGAAUCCAAGGAUAAAGUGAUUUCCCUCCUGUUAACUCAUCUGCCUUUGCUGAAGCCAGGAAACCUUGAUGCAAAAGUAGAGUAUAUGAAACUGCUACCCAAAAUCCUGGCGCACUCUAUCGAACACAACCAGCACAUUGAGGAGAGCAGGCAACUGCUGUCCUAUGCUUUGAUACAUCCGGCCACUUCGCUGGAAGACCGCAGCGCAUUAGCCAUGUGGCUGAAUCACUUGGAGGACCGCACAUCGACCAGCUUUGGCGGCCAGAACCGAAGCCGCUCGGACUCUGUGGAUUAUGGGCAGACCCACUACUAUCACCAAAGACAGAACUCCGAUGACCAACUGAACGGGUGGCAGAACUCUCGGGAUUCUGGGAUUUGCAUCAGUGCCUCCAACUGGCAGGACAAAAGCCUGGGGUGUGAGAACGGCCACGUGCCCCUCUACUCCUCCUCAUCUGUCCCCACCACAAUCAAUACCAUUGGAACCAGCACAAGUACAAUUCUCUCAGGCCAGGCACACCACAGCCCUUUGAAACGAUCUGUGUCCCUUACCCCACCCAUGAAUGUGCCAAACCAGCCUCUAGGCCACGGAUGGAUGUCUCAUGAGGACUUACGAGCUAGAGGACCCCAGUGCCUCCCAUCCGAUCAUGCCCCCCUGUCUCCACAAAGCAGUGUAGCCUCUUCAGGAAGUGGUGGGAGUGAACACUUAGAAGAUCAGAACACUGCUCGUAACACAUUCCAAGAAGAAGGUAGUGGUAUGAAAGAUGUUCCAGCCUGGUUAAAAAGUCUCCGCCUGCACAAGUACGCUGCGCUUUUCUCCCAGAUGACCUACGAGGAAAUGAUGGCCCUUACCGAGUGCCAGCUGGAGGCUCAGAAUGUUACCAAAGGUGCAAGACACAAAAUUGUCAUCAGUAUUCAGAAGCUCAAAGAAAGACAAAACCUCCUGAAGUCUUUGGAAAGGGACAUCAUCGAGGGGGGCAACCUGCGCGUCCCACUCCAGGAACUGCACCAGAUGAUCCUGACUCCCAUCAAGGCCUACAGCCCCCCGAGCACCACCCCCGAGGCUCGCCGCCGGGAGCCCCAGGCUCCGCACCCACCCUCGCUGAUGGGCCCUGAGGGCCAGAGCCCUGAUGGCAAAGACAGUGCCUCGGCCACCGGGGUCCCAGCGACCACCUCGGCUGGGGCCAGCGGGGGGCUGCAGCCACACCAGCUGAGUAGCUGUGAUGGGGAGCUGGCUGUCGCCCCGCUGCCGGAGGGGGAUCUCCCUGGGCAGUUCACACGUGUCAUGGGGAAAGUGUGCACACAGCUCUUGGUCUCCAGACCUGAUGAAGAAAAUAUAAGUUCCUAUUUACAGCUCAUAGACAAGUGUCUAAUUCAUGAGGCAUUUACAGAGACUCAGAAAAAAAGAUUGUUGUCAUGGAAACAGCAGGUGCAGAAGCUCUUUCGGUCUUUCCCUCGGAAAACCCUUCUAGACAUAUCAGGAUAUCGACAGCAAAGAAACCGCGGCUUUGGGCAGUCCAACUCCCUCCCGACAGCCGGGUCUGUGGGCGGUGGUAUGGGUCGGCGGAACCCUCGCCAGUACCAGAUCCCCUCCCGGAACGUCCCAUCUGCCCGCCUCGGCCUCUUGGGCACCAGUGGAUUCGUGAGCUCCACCCAGCGCAGCACCGCAGCCAACCCCACCAUCAUGAAGCAAGGAAGACAGAACCUGUGGUUUGCCAACCCUGGGGGCAGCAACAGCAUGCCGAGCCGCACCCACAGCUCAGUCCAAAGGACCCGCUCGCUGCCCGUGCACACUUCUCCACAGAAUAUGCUGAUGUUCCAGCAGCCAGAAUUCCAACUUCCUGUGACUGAACCUGACAUCAACAAUAGGCUGGAGUCCUUGUGCCUCAGUAUGACCGAGCACGCCCUGGGAGACGGGGUUGACCGGACCUCCACAAUCUAGAAGCUGAAGAUGAGAGUGACCGCGCUGGCCGUGAAAUCGACUGCUGCGGGUCCAGUGUCAGCCAUCUUCAGGGUUGCACAGAAUCCUCCGAGAUACUUUGCAGCCUUUUUUUUCCCCUGGUCCCUCUCCCAUUUUGAUUUUGUGAGAGCGUAGGUCGUCCUUGUAAACAUAUCAGUAGACCGGGGAUUGGUUAUUUUGUCGUUUGUUUCUGUCACGGGA